UUACAAAAUGUGGACGUGAUACGUAGUUCCUCUAUCGAGGAAAUGGACGUGCGGCACACAGUGUACGCACGCGGGGGACGCGGCCCCGACGUCGCGGGGUAAUAUAUAUCAGAAUUCAGAAAUGAGAAGUCGUGAGACUCGUGAGUGUGACAACAAGAUAUGUUGACAUUAACACAUAUCAUAUUUUUGGCAAUUUUUGCCAAUUACCUGUGCGAAGAGCAGUUUUGUUCGGCAGAUAACGAUGUAAAAUUCUGUAAAGAAAAUGAAGUUGAUCAUCGAAAAUCAUCAUUGUAUACGAAAGAAUUGGAUACACAAGAAACAAAUGAAAGAUAUAAGAAAUAUUUAAUGGCAAUUCAAAAUGCAGAGCAAAACUACAAGGAAUGCAAUAACACGAAGCACGAAUGCUUUGAAGAUGUCGUCAUACGAGACUUAAGACCUUUCAAAAAGAAGGGUAUAAGUGAAGAAAUGAUUGAAGCUGCUAAAACUAGGGGUACAUUUUACCAAAUAAUUCAAGGUAAAUUGUACAGAGAGAAAGACUGUAUGUUUCCAGCGAGAUGCGCUGGAAUUGAACAUUUCUUGUUAAAAGUAAUUGGUAAUUUAUCAGACAUGGAUUUAGUUAUAAAUACCAGAGAUUAUCCACAAUCCAGCGAAUAUUUUGGAAAUGCUAUGCCCAUUUUUUCAUUUAGUAAGACAGCGCAAUAUUAUGAUAUUAUGUAUCCAGCAUGGGCAUUUUGGGAAGGUGGUCCAGCCAUCUCGUUGUAUCCCCAUGGUCUUGGUAGAUGGGAUCAACAUCGUAAAUCUUUGAAUAAGGCGAGUUUGGAGAUUUCAUGGAAAAAGAAAGAAAAUAAAGGAUUUUUUCGUGGCUCUAGAACGAGUUCGGAACGUGAUAACUUGAUUUUGUUAAGUCGUAAUAAACCUCACUUAGUAGAUGCUCAGUAUACUAAGAAUCAAGCGUGGAAAUCUAAUGAGGACACUUUGCAUGCAACACCAGCGUCAGAGAUAUCUUUAGAGUCCCAUUGUAAAUAUAAGUAUUUAUUCAAUUUUCGAGGAGUGACAGCUUCAUUUCGAUAUAAACAUCUAUUUUUAUGCCGAUCAUUAGUCUUUCACGUCGGCGACGAGUGGAUGGAAUUUUAUUAUUAUGCCAUGAAACCAUGGAUUCAUUACAUACCUGUCCCUAAAAAUGCAAAUCAAAAAGAGUUGGAGGAUUUGAUUGAAUUUGCAAGGAACAAUGAUGAUUUAUCAAAAAAGAUUGCUUAUCGCGGAAGAGAUUUCAUAUGGAAUAAUUUGCGAAUGUCAGACGUUACGUAUUUUUGGAAACAACUUCUGAAAAGUUAUGGUAAACUUGUAAUAUACAAACCAAUCUUAAAAAAAGAUCUCAUAAGCAUUAGAAGGAAAUAGAGAGUAGUUUUAUGGUAAUUUUGUAUAAACUUAAAGAUGGAUCGCGUAUUGUCUUCCCUGAAUAAUAUCCGUAUAACCUCAUCCGUCUCCCCCUGUCUCUCUCACAUAUUGUAUGUGUAUUACAUUUGCUUCGGCAAUACAUAUACUAAAAUAUAUGUAAGCAAAAUGCGCAUACAUCCAAUAAUAAUUGCAAUUAAAAAUAUGAAAUGUUUAAAAUAAACUUAUUUAUUAAUACUAUUUUGUAUGAUGAUGAAAAAUAUAAUACAAUAGAGAUUUGUUCAAGGCACGACACAAUAGUGUGGCAAGUUUCAAUAUUAUUAAUAUCCUAAUGUCAGUAGUAACACAAAGAAAGGUAUUGCACAAUUGAAUUUAUGUGUAUUAAAUAAUUCGAGUUAUCUCAAACAAUAAUCAACCAUCAGUUUAAAAUAUUUUCAUUUGUUAUACAGAAAUUCUCUUAUUCAACAAAUAUUGAGGAAAAUGCAAAGCCUUUCUUCUUGUACCUUGAUAAUAUUUUUUGAAGACUAAUUGUAAAUAUAAUCUUUAACAAUUAAGUACUGGUCGAACAUUCGUAGUAUUAGACACUAAAAUACUUCUUUAAAUGUAAGAAAAUACAGGGGUAUACUGCAGGUAUUAUAACUUUUAAUUGUUCUGUUAAUUUAAUUUAAUUUUUGUUGUUAAUAUUGAACAGGAAGAUAUAUUUUCGACGUGAAUAAUUUUUCAUCGCAAUAUCUUUCUUUUCUGUUAAAAAAAGAUAGUUGUUGCACGUUUUUGCUAAACACGUUUUAAAGUGCAUUAUUUUGUAUAAUCUAGAAAAGAAUGAGGCACUUUAUAUAGUUAAAAAUUGUAAAUAUAGAUGUAUAAAUUCUCACACAUACAACAGCACCAUUAAUGUCAGAGAUCAAUGUCUGACAAUUUGCAUACAGUUACAAUAUUUUCUAGAAAUUUUAUAUAUAUGUACAUAUACAUAUAAAUGCGCGUGCGCGUGUGUGUGUGUGCGUGUGUGUGUGUAUGUACAUAAUUUGAAAUAAAACUACAAGCUGAACUAUAAGCUAUCAUUGGGAGAAAUCGCAAGGGAAGCAUUUAUAUAAAAACAAGGAUUCUCUUCAACACGUAACGUCAUAUGACGAGAGCGUAAUUAAACACUGUUUGAAAUAAUGCAUAGAUAAAAAGUUGCGCUUGAAUGCUCUGGCAUUUAAGCUGCGCUCGGAAAUAUCAUUCGAGUGCCUCAUUAUAGUGCAUCAUUUAUCCUUGUUCACCGAAUGUUGAACAAGGGAUAAAAUGAUGUACAGAAGCACUCGAGUGAUGUUUCUGAACGCAGCCCUACAAUUCUCUUUUCAGAGUUGUGUAAGUUACAAAAUAUUUUCUAAGGCACUUGCAUCAUGAUAUAACAGUCAUUUUAAUACAAUCGCAACGCUGAUACUAGUGUACAGAUCAGAUAUUUAUAUAAGUACAUAUAAAAAUGUAUCACGCAUGCAAAUGAGAUUAUAGAUAUUGAAUAAAAAUAAUAUA